AUCCCCCCUCUCCACCCACCAUCGAGUGCUGGGCCAUCAGCUACCCGCAGACAGUGAACUGCUCCUGGGGCCUGACCCCUGACCCACUGCUGGACACUCACUUCGUGGCCACAUACAGGGAUGGCACUGGGGGGCCCGGGGAGACGGGUGAGUGUGUGCUCAUGGGGCCGAGGAGCUGCUCCUUUGGGGACCUCCAGGUGUUCUCCCUCAGCCCCUACGUGGUGAAUGUGACAGCUGUGAACCCCCUGGGUGCUGCCUCCAGCCUCCUGCCCUUCCUCCUGGAGAACAUCAUAAAGCCUGACCCCCCUGAGGACCUGAGGGUCUCCCCCAUCCCUGGGGAGCCCAAGCAGCUGCGGCUGGAGUGGAACCCACCAUCAUCCUGGCCCUUCCCAGAGUACUUCCCACUCAAGUACCACAUCCGUUACUCCCAGGACAAGGACUCUGCCACCACCACCACCACGGUUGGGCCCUUCCAGCUGACAUCCCACACCCUGCGGGACGUGCGGCCUGGCACCCUCCACCACGUCCAGGUGGCUGCCCAGGACCUGUCAGACUCAGGGGAGCUCAGUGCCUGGAGCCCACCAGCCUCGGGGGCACCCUGGGGACAGCCCUGA